AUGGGCAAUGCUCAAUACUGCGUAGCGCUUGUGGCCGCCAUGGCCGGGACCGUCGCUGCCUCGGGCCAAACGUACUUCAAGGGCGAUGGGACGCCGUACGACCUGAGUGCAGUGGGCAAUGGCAACUGCGCCUUCAUGUCGGCAUGGAGCCAGGCGUCGACCAACUACGUGGCCCUGAACCGCGCACAGUGGGAUGGCUUGACGCACUGCGGGCAGUGCAUUGAGGCCACGUGCAUUAGCAGCAAGUGCAAGAACAGGAACACAGCCGUCACGCUCCAGGUCGUCGAUCAGUGCCCCGAGUGCAAGUACGGGGACCUCGACAUGUCCCCCAGUGCUUUGAUCAAGAUCGUGGGGAGCAAUCCAGGCCGCAUUGAAAUUGGCUGGAAGUUCGUGGACUGCCCCAAGCCAGGCACGAUCAAAGUGUGCCUCAAAGAGGGCAGCAACAAGUGGUGGGUGGCCAUUCAGCCCACAAACACGCGCAUUGCUGUCAAGAGUCUGUCUAUCAACGACCGACCUGGCAAGAUGCUCGACGGCGCUUUCUACUACUACAUUGAAAGUAAGGACGAGGUGCCGUUCAACAAGAUCAAGGUGACCGUCACUUCCGUCGACGGCGACGUGGUCUCGGGCACGUACUCAAUGAAGGAGAACGCAUGCGUCGAUACGAAGCAGCAGUUCUAA